CACAAUGUGCUGUCCGUGUGUGGUGUGUUACAGAACUCAAAGGUUGGUGGAUUCACAUUUAGGAUCUGUCUUUCCCACAUGGAAUUAGCUGAUCAGUCUGUCCCUCAUUCUCAUUAUAUUCUGUAGCCUCCCAGUGACCUUAUCUGGUGUGUGAACACAAUCUUUGGAUUUGUACUGGUCAUUGGUUUGAAGAAAUGCGCAGAAACCUUGAUUUUUAAAUACUUUGGAAAUCUAUAAAAUGAAUUUGUGGARCGACAAUCAAAUCUCCCAACUCCUGCUAUCUUUUGCCUUCUGCCAACUGCAGUGCUGAGAACCAGAUUUUCUGAAGAGUCUGUGUUUUUCUGUAUCUUUAAGAGAUUUUUUUAAGUCUUCUUCCUUUUGAAAUGUUUGUCCUGUGCAGUGGCAAAAGGGUUAUUUUUGUAACUGGAAGGGCUGGAAAUUUACAUAAGGAGAAGGAAAAAAACUUAUGCAAACUCAACAAACCCAAAUUCUGUGCUGGGAAUACCUGCUGUGUUCCCAUUAUAAACUCAGCCGUGAGCAGUUGUAACAUCCCAUCUGUGGGAUGAGUUUCUUCUCCUUUAYCCAUCCUUUUCCCUCUCUACAGUUCAAUAUGGUUUAAGUUGUUAGUUUCUCUUUCCAAUCAAUCUGUUGCAGAUAAAAAAAGUAAGAAAAAGUAGGGAGGAGAAAGAAAAGAUUGCUCGAAAUAAUUUCUUUGGAAGCUGCACAACCUCCCCUCAUUGUAUUUAGGAACAUGUCUCCCUUUCAGCUACACCAGGGAUAACCYACCAUCUUCUUUUAAAGCAGCAGCAAGGAGAUUUUGCGCUAAGAUGUUGGAUUGUGAAAUGUAGCAGCUGAGGCAUGGACACAUCUCCUUCUGUUUCCCCCUUCCAUGAGCAGUGCCUUCAGACAGAGAGGACAGAUGUGUCUGGGAAUGGCAUCRUCCCCAACCACUGCAGCAAAGCCUCCAGAUGAACCGGGCGUGCAGUUAGUGCUCCGUGUGGAGCAUCUCCCCAGGAGACUGGUGAUCUUUGCAAUACCUGCACMCUCUCAGGGCAAAGGCAUUGUGAGUGUGUGUUACAAAGCCACAGCUGUGAUUCAAGCAGUUGGGAUGGGGAUUGAAUAAACAGCCUGAGUAAUAGUUCUAUUGAGUCAGUGGCAGGUUUCUGUCAGGGGCUUCAACAAGAUUGGUCCACCAACCUUUUAUCCCUUUCAUUUCCCUACUGUACUCUUGUCCAGCAAAACUAAUUAAGGCAAAAUGUGGCUAAAUUAGCUUUGAAAGCAGAAGGUUUUUUUCUGUACAACUUGAAAGUCACUAUAAAAUCAUAUUUUAAUUAUCUCGGCCCCAAUAUUUUAAGGUGUGAUAUGUUGACACCUCAUACCUAGUAUUCUUUAUUUCCCUGCUUUUAUUUUUAAGUGGCUAUGCUUAUUUGGUGGUUUUUCUACACACUUGACCUGCUAUUAAGGAAAUCUGAUCUAAAUUUAAGUUCUGAGUAAACUAAUAACUAAAAAUCAGACUUCUUUCCUAUUUAAAUGCUUUGGUUGGCACAGCUUAUAUCCUGUUUAUUUCAGAAAGUAUUUGAGAACAAAAUCGGACUGUGUUUGCGUCUCAAGGAAUGAUUUCUGGUCAAGACUCUAAAUCAUUCAGACUUCUUCAUUUAAUGCUUUGAAAUAUUGAUUAAAUAUAUUCACUCUGGUUUGCUUUAAUCUGAUUGCACAUGUCGAAGUUUUCUUCUCAUGUGGUGCAGCCACGUCUGGUGUAAGCUGGCUUAAUUAGCACUGCUUAGUGAUUUGGGACCCCUGUCAAAGGCUGUUAUGUUAUCUGGAAACAUAAGGAGUUAAAGCUGAAGCUGUGACCUCAUCCCUGUUCAUGUUACACUGGAGUAGAAGCUGCGCUGAAAGGAAUUGUUUGUCUGCAUCUCUGUCUUUGCUGCUGCUGCUUGAUUGCUUUAAUUCGGUUCUGGUAUCUGUUGCACAUUUUUGCUGAACAACUCGUACGGUAGGGAUUUGUGGGAGUGCACAAAGGAAGCUGUGCUAAUAUCGAAUGCCCGUGGAAAUAGCUCCCACGGCAAUAGACUCAAAUAGAUCUUUCCACCUGAUUUCAACUUCUUAUCGCUUCCCCUGUGAAAACUGAAGCGGCACCGAGGAGCGCUCACACACACUCCCACACGCACGCACACACUGCUGGCCAGCCGUGCGCUUAAGCAACCGCGUGUGUCAUUUUUUACUGAAUUGCCGCUGGCUGCGUGGGAGAUGCGGGAGCGAUGCUGUGGCUUUAACGUGGGAGCGGCGCAGGCUACAAUAGGUGUCACUGUGCGCGAGCCCAAUCGCUCUCGGUGACUGCAGCCAUUGGCUCCGCGCUGUGGCUCCAGCCGCACGCCUGCGAGUCCUGCUCCGCUSCCAGCCCCUUCCCGCACAACUUCAGCUCGCCAGCAGCCUGGCACUGCCACCSUGCGCUCCUCCUGCCCGUCCGGAGAGCCUGCCCUCUGCCCGGGGUGUAGCGCUGCCAGGCGGUUUCUGAUCGGGAAAGCUGAAGAGAGAAAGCUGGCGGGAACGAUGGGGAUGUAUUUAACAAUUCAAGUACUGGAUCAAACUUAGAGUCGCUUUCUUACUCGGUGCGCUGGAAAGGUCACCUUGUCUUGCUGGAAAAGAAGCAAACUCUCAGCUCUGCUGCUUUCGGUGUUAACAGCUUCCACGUGCAUUCCUAAAUGUUCCUAGCUAGUUAGGCUGUCGGGCUUUACACACGAGUAUACUCAUGGUAGAUGAGAAAGGAAAGAACAUGAAAUGUCUCACCUUCUUCUUGAUGCUUCCAGAGACGGUCAAGAACAGGUCUAAGAAGAGCUCUAAGAAAGGAAAUAGCAGCAGCAGUAGCAACAGCAAAUUGCCUCCUGUUUGCUAUGAAAUCAUUACCUUGAAGACCAAAAAGAAGAAGAAGAUGGCUGCUGAUAUUUUUCCCCGAAAGAAACCAGCUAACACUAAUACAACUGCUGUCCAGCAGUACCAUCAGCAAAAUCUCAAUAACAACAACACUAUCCCUGCACCUAAUUGGCAAGGACUUUAUCCAACCAUCAGAGAGAGAAAUGCAGUGAUGUUCAACAAUGACUUGAUGGCAGAUGUUCAUUUUGUGGUCGGGCCACCAGGUGGGACCCAGCGGCUGCCAGGACACAAAUAUGUCCUGGCUGUUGGGAGCUCUGUAUUCCAUGCGAUGUUUUACGGAGAGCUUGCUGAGGACAAAGAUGAAAUCCGUAUACCAGAUGUUGAGCCUGCUGCUUUUCUUGCAAUGCUGAAGUACAUCUAUUGUGAUGAGAUCGAUUUGGCYGCAGACACCGUCCUGGCCACUCUUUAUGCUGCCAAGAAGUACAUUGUCCCUCACCUGGCCCGUGCCUGCGUCAACUUCCUCGAGACAAGUCUGAGUGCAAAGAACGCCUGUGUGCUGCUCUCCCAGAGCUGCUUAUUCGAGGAACCUGACCUGACCCAGCGCUGCUGGGAAGUGAUUGAUGCCCAAGCCGAGCUCGCUUUGAAGUCUGAGGGCUUCUGUGACAUUGAUUUUCAGACACUUGAAAGCAUUCUCCGAAGGGAGACUCUGAAUGCCAAAGAAAUUGUUGUUUUUGAGGCAGCUCUGAACUGGGCUGAAGUGGAGUGCCAGCGACAAGAGCUGACAGCCACUAUCGAGAACAAGCGCAAGGUGCUGGGCAAGGCUCUCUACCUGAUCCGCAUCCCUACCAUGGCCCUUGAUGACUUCGCCAAUGGCGCUGCCCAGUCCGGGAUCCUGACUCUCAACGAAACCAACGACAUCUUCCUGUGGUACACGGCUGCCAAAAAGCCAGAGCUGCAGUUUGUCAGCAAGCCCCGGAAAGGCCUCGUCCCUCAGCGCUGCCACCGCUUCCAGUCCUGCGCUUACCGCAGCAACCAGUGGCGCUACCGAGGCCGCUGUGACAGCAUCCAGUUUGCUGUUGAUAAGAGAGUGUUUAUUGCUGGCUUUGGGCUCUAUGGCUCCAGCUGUGGAUCGGCAGAGUACAGUGCCAAGAUCGAACUCAAGCGACAAGGAGUUAUCCUGGGCCAGAACUUGAGUAAAUACUUCUCGGAUGGUUCUAGUAACACUUUUCCUGUGUGGUUUGAAUAUCCGGUGCAGAUUGAGCCUGACACCUUUUACACGGCAAGCGUGAUCCUGGAUGGUAACGAACUCAGCUAUUUUGGACAAGAAGGAAUGACAGAAGUUCAGUGUGGGAAGGUGACUGUUCAGUUUCAGUGCUCCUCGGACAGUACAAAUGGCACAGGGGUACAAGGGGGRCAAAUUCCCGAACUCAUAUUUUAUGCUUGAAUGAGAGUGUGUGGAUACAAAGCAUUUUGCAAUGAAGAACCUGUCAGGUUCAGGCCUGCAGAUUUGUGAUCAGUACAGGGAAUAUGUAACUAAACGCUGUGGGCAAGUUCCUGGCUUGCUGUACUUGUAGCAUUGUUGGUGAUUAAGUGUAAUAUUUAAACUGGAAGCUCUUAGAAACAAGCACGUUUUAAAGGCUUUGUAAGAGGGGUGCCUGUUUGCUGGU